AUGGUGAACAAAUAUGGUAUAGAAGCUCUUGAUAGAACAAUGAGAGAUAUUUUGAGGUUUAACAACUCAAGAAGUGAAGAACAACCAUUUGGAGGGAAGACAAUUGUGUUUGGAGGAGAUUUUAGACAAAUAUUACCCGUGAUACCUAAAGAGACUAGACAAGAGAUUGUAAAUGCAAUAAUUAAUUCAUCAUAUAUUUGGAAUAGCUGUAAGUUGAUGACACUUAUGAAGAACAUGCGCCUAGAAGGGGCUAAUGGCAAUCAAAGUUGUAGAGAACUAAAGGAGUUUGCAGAUUGGAUUUUAAGCAUUGGAGAUGGGAGAUGUGGAAGAUCUAUGGAUGGAGCGGACAAUGUUGAAAUUCCAGAUGACAUCCUCAUAAAGGAGUGGGAUGAUCCCAUAGUUGCUAUUUGUAGAGAAAUUUACCCAGAAAUGAUGAGCGGAAUGAACUGUGACAUGCAAGUUGAAGAUCGGGCUAUUCUCGCAACCACAUUGGAGUUGGUUGAUGAAAUCAACAGGUACAUGAAGAGUUUAAAUCCAACCGAAGCACAAACAUAUUUCAGCAGUGGCAAAGCAUGCCCUACGGAGAACAAUAAUGACAUAUUAGCUUCUGUCCAUAUUCUUGAACUCCUAAACACAAUUAGGUGCUCUGGGGUGCAAACCACGACUUAA